GCGAAAGAAGCGAGUUAACUCAAAAUCACCAUGGCCGCGACCGAAAUAUCCGAGGAGGACCUGUCGGCGCCCGAGGAAGAGGAGGAUUUGGGACCCAAUAUAGGCCUCUACAUAGGCGGUCGAAAUGGAGCGGGUCAGAGACAAGGCAGAGGUUGGGCUAUCCUCCCCAACGGAGAUCAGUAUGAUGGGAACUACAGGAAGGGUCGCCGUCACGGCAUCGGGCUGUACGUGUUUAAGGAUGGAUCACGGUACUACGGACAGUAUCGCUGCGGGAAGCGCUGUGGACGUGGCAUCUUCAUCUAUCCGGACGGGUCCGUGUACGAGGGCAACUGGCGAAAGAACUUGAAGCACGGCAAGGGGCGCUACAACUAUGUGAAUGGGGACAACUACUCGGGGGACUGGUUCAAGGGUCAACGUCAUGGUGUGGGAAUAUAUAACAUUAACAGCGGAACGGAUGGCUGUUGCUUGUCCGUCAGAAUAAAGUCCACCUGGAACAGCAAUAUGCGAACGGGUCCCUUCGAGCUGUAUAUCGGGAACGAGGACAAGUGCACAAUACUCCACGGAAUUUGGGAUUCCCUAUACCCGAGUGGACCGGCCGUGUUUAGCUUCAACAGUCGAUACCUCUUGCUGGGCUACUUCCUGCCCGCCAGUUACAAUUUGAAGGCGAUUAACAACGAAGACGAGAUGGAGGAUGCUGAGGAGCGGUUGGAGGACGAAGCGGGCGAAGCGGUACCAAUGGAGCCAACUCUGUGGUUUGCCCAGGAGAUGGCCGUGUAUGACUAUUCGCUGCUGCCGCAGGAGCCCGUGCCGCUGGCCAUUUCCGACUCCGAGCUGUCCGUCUGCUCGCUCUCCACGGAGCCCAGCAUGCGCAGCGAGGAGAAGAUCAGUUGGUAUGGAGAGGGUGAGGAGGCCGAGGGCGAGGAGGGCGGCGAGAUGGAGUGCUUCCCCUGCGAAUGCGAUAUCACCGAUCUCAGCGAGGUGGAGACGGAGAGCGAGGUGUGCAAAAUUGACGCCAAUCCAUGCUGUAUCGAGAUCCUCAAGCAGCCAGAGUGUCCAGAUCCUUAGGAAUGCAGCUUCUAAUUUACAAGCUUUUGUUAUUGUUAUUUUAUGUUUCCUGCAAAUAAAAGAAUGUAUCAGUAUAUCCUAA